AUGGGUGGUCGCGGAUUCAAGCUCAACAACAACAACGACCUCGACGACGGGCUUUACUUCAAGCUCGUCAAGCACGUCGACGACCACUAUGAAGAUCACGUCAACGACGAGCACGACCUCGACUACGACGACAACAGCAAGCACUACAACUGCUCUAGAAUACGCAAUGCUACCUGUUUUGGCUAUGAAAAGAGUAUGGGAUGUGAUGAUACUCCUUCAACUACAAUGACGACGAUGGUAAGGGAUGCGCCAACAGAAGGAUACACCAUGAUGACGUCAACCACGCAGCUCACGACGAGGACAUUAACUACCUCAAAGCCGACUACUACGAUGACGCUGAGUCCUUUCCCGCUGGAGCCAACCUGGAAUUACAACAAGACAAAUUUCUAUUUGCUGAACAAAGGCUGCAUUCUCGGAAAUGCAUGCUACAAUUUGUGCAAGGCGCGAAACCUAGAGAUGCCGGCAAUUCACUCUGAGUUGGAGAAUGCUGCAUUGCUACGAAAAAUGCAGUCGUUGAAUUCGGGUAGCCGUACGGGCCGAGUUGUAGCCCACAUUGGCAUGUCCAAUCGCCUUACGCCAAGCGGCAAUCUGAAGAACUAUUGGCGG